UAUGGCAACAUCACUCUUUGUUGUCAUCAAUUUCCUAAACUGCGUCUGCAAUGGAGAUUUGUUUGUAAGAAAAGUAGUUUUCAGUUUUUCAAAAUUUAACUGAUUAACUCAGUUAUGCCUUACCUAUUUCAUACCUGUUAAAUUAGAUAUCUUCAUAUCCAAGCCAUCUUUGUCAUAAUCUCUAUUCAGUUUGUGAACUCAACCGGCAAAUUGAAUUCGAAGUACAUAAAGGUAAAAAAACAACUAUGUCUGAUCGCAGGCAAGAAUUAGAGAGAAAAAAGCAAAAGCUUGCUUUGAUUCGAGAAGAAAAAGAGAAGAGAAGGAGAGAAAAAGCUAAAGAGGCGGAAGAAGCAGCUAAGUUAAAUCAAAAUGCAACAAAAACUGAAAAAGAUCUCAGAGCUCAAACUGAAGAACUUCUUGAAUCAUUGGGCAUCACUUCAAGUGAAUCUCCUGUUUCGAGACUUAAUUCCUCUCCUCGCUCUGAUACACCUGAAACUCGGAGCACUCCACCUGAUAGUCAACCAUCUUCUGCUCCACAAUCUGGUUCCUGGAAUUCUAAAAAAGUGUCUUUAACAUUAGUAAAUGUUAACCAAGUGAAUAUUCCUCCAAAAGAGAAAGUGAAUUAUAAUAAGCAAACUCAGACAGCUGCAACAGGACAAGACAGAGAUGCGCAUCCUUUGGAUUAUUAUGUCAUACAUUGGGAUGAAGAAUGGGAUGAUGAAUUUCAAGUCCUUACUUAUGCAGACAUGUCUGCAGAAGAUGAUGUUGAAGGUUCAUCCUUGACAUCUCAUGAUAUGGAUACUCCCCCUAUAUAUCCAAAUCAUCGUCAUUCCCAUAAAGGCUUGCCACACAUAGAAAUGGUGCGACCUGCUCAAGAUACAACUGUGACUGCUGCAGUUGAACCAAAAAAGGAAGAAAAGAAGAUCAGAGAUUUGAGUGAAGAAGAGAAAAAGCAGAUUAUGCUAAGAGAAGAUUUCCAUCAAUUUUUUGAUCGGGCCAGUAGAAUUAUUGAGAGAGCCCUAUAUGAAGAUUUAGAUAUAUUGAUUGACUAUACAGGCACCAGAGAGGAACAAGAUGGUGAUGACAAAAGUGGAAUCAAGUUAUCCUUAAACAGAACCUUUUUUGAUGAUCGUUGGUCAAAGAAUCGUACAGUAACCAGUUUUGAUUGGUCAUCUCAGUUUCCUGAACUGCUAGUUGCUUCUUAUAAUAAUAAUGAAGAUUCACCUCAUGAUCCUGAUGGUGUGUGUCUAGUUUGGAAUAUGAAAUUCAAAAAAACAACUCCAGAAUAUAUCUUUCAUUGCCAGUCGGCUGUUAUGUCUACAUGUUUUGCCAAAUUCCAUCCUAAUUUAGUGUUGGGAGGAACUUACUCGGGACAAAUUGUUCUGUGGGAUAAUCGUAGCAGUAAACGAACACCUGUUCAGAGGAGUCCUUUGUCAGCUAUAGCUCAUACACAUCCUGUGUAUUGUAUCCAAGUUGUUGGUACCCAAAAUGCACAUAAUUUAGUUAGCAUAUCUACAGAUGGUAAAUUCUGUACUUGGAGUUUGGAUAUGCUCUCAGCUCCCCAGGAUACGAUGGAGCUAUCUCAUCAAAAGCAAUCUCGACCUGUUUCUGUCACCAGCUUAUCUUUCCCAUCAGGAGAUUAUAAUAAUUUUAUUGUUGGAAGUGAAGAAGGAACUAUUUAUACUGCUAGCAGACACGGCAGCAAAGCUGGCAUUCAUGAAUUGUUUGAGGGACAUCAAGGUCCAGUGACUGGUUUAAGCUCUCAUAGUGCUCAAGGACAUAUUGAUUUCUCACAUUUGUUUUUAUCUGCUUCUAUGGAUUGGACAGUAAAACUGUGGAGUUUAAAAGAUAGCAAGCCUCUGUAUUCUUUUGAGGAUAACGGAGAUUAUGUCUGUGAUGUUGCUUGGUCCCCAGUUCAUCCAUCUGUGUUUGCUUGUGUCGAUGGCAUGGGAAGAUUGGAUAUAUGGAAUCUUAACAAUGAUACUGAGCUUCCUACUGUAAGUGUGGUAGCUGAUGGUAAUCCAGCAUUAAAUAGAGUAGUAUGGACUCCAUCUGGACAUCAAGUUGCUGUUGGCGAUGAUUUAGGAAGAGUUUAUAUUUAUGACGUUGGAGAGCAACUUGCAACUCCUAAAAAUGAUGAAUGGUCAAGAUUUGUUCACACUUUACAAGAAUUAGAAAAUAAUAAAGCUGACCAAGAAUUGGAUACAAUAAAUAAUCUUACUUCUGGAAAUUCUUAUUUAUUGCCAAUACGCUAAAAUAGAAUCUAUCUGUUCCUUAUUAAUGAUCAAAAUAUCUGUGCUUAUAAUGUGCUGAUUAAUUAUUUUAUCAGUCCCAAUAAAUUUUAUGACAAAUGUUGUACAAAAAAAUUUAGACCUUUUUUGUAUUAUUUUUAUUGCUGAUUGAAAGUAAUUUAAAUCUUUAAAAUAAUAAAAAUAUUAUUUUUAAUUAAAUAGUACAUUAUAUAAUUAUGACUAUGUAAGUCUAUUGCAAGACUGUUCUUUCCUUUUAGUACUUACUGUGAGUUAUUCAUAAGUUUUUGCAACUUAUACAAAUUUAGUUGUGCCAGAUAAAAUUUUCUAUAGAGUACAAAUUUCAUUUAAGUUUCAUUCCAUGAAUUGUUUCAUUGCAAUAAUGGGCCAUCCAGCAUUGUUUUUAUUUACUUUAAAUUCUUUUCCAUCAAAGGCUUAUGCUAGGAAAAAAAAAUCUUGACAAUAUAUUUUUAAUCCUCUUCAUAUUUGGUUAGAAUAUGUUAUACAUUUUUGUACUUGAUUCAGGUUUAUGUUUGGAAGUUGAAUCUGAGAGUUUUAUUUAUUUCCUUUAAAAUUUUAAUUAUUGUUAUAGUGCCAUAUUUGUAUUUUUCACCUUAUGUUAAUAGUUGUUUGGAUACUUAAAUAGAUGAAAGUAGUUUGUGUGUAAUUUGUUUUAUUAUAAAUCACACCAUAAAAAUUUCAAUCUUUAAGAAAAUGAAUUGUAAUUAAAUAUACUUUAUGUAUAUUUGUUUUUUAAAUAUAAUUGUGUUAACAUUUGAAUUUUGUAUAUGGACAUAGUGUUUUAAUACACUAAAUUAUUAUAUGUUUAUUGAAUCGUGAAUUUAAAAAAUUGACAUUUGAUCUGUAUAUUAAUACAUUGUAUGUUAAAAUAAUGUGUUGAAUUGACUCUCAAACAAUAACCAUGUACGUGGUUAAUGCUUCUUUUUAUAUUUCUGUAGAUAUUUCAUAUUAUUCUUAAGAUAAUUGUUUUUUAUUGCUUCAUGUGUAAUUUUACUUUUGUUACCAGCUUAGAAUGAAGUAUUCAGACGUUGAGAGAGGAGCACAUAUUGCAAAAAAUAAUACUCAAGCACAUUUUAUUUAUUGUAAAUUUUUUAAUACAUGUUUCAAAGAUUAGUGCUGCUUUUAUUCUUGUUUGUUUUAACAAAAUGAACAAAAAUGAAUAUAAUUUCUGAAAAUUUCAAUUGUUGUUAUUUUAUUGCUGAGAAUGUUUUUAAUUUUAACACGUUUUGUACAAUUUGUAAAAUU